AUGGUCAUCCGAGAUCGGCAAACAGACGCACACCGUGGCUGCGCUUUCCUGACGUACCAGACGCGGGAGGCGGGAGAGAGGGCCGUAGACAAGUUCCACAACAAGGUUAAGCUUCCCAAUGCCCAUAACCCCGUCCAAGUCAGACCGGCGGACUCGCAAAUGGGUGAUGACCGCCUGGGGCCCAAUGGCCGCGUUGCCCCGGUGGACCGUGAGAACAAGCUGUUCGUGGGCAUGCUGCCGCACGACGCGGACGAUAUGACGCUGACCGAAGUCUUCUCUCGCUUCGGGGAGAUCACCGAGAUCUACUGCAUGCGGAAUCCGGACGGAACCCCGAAGGGCUGCGCCUUUGUGAAGUUCUCUACGAGGAGUGCUGCCAUUGCCGCCAUAGAGGCGCUGCACGAAAAGUGCACCAUGGAUGGGGCCACGAGGGCGCUGGUGGUAAAGUUUGCGGACGUGAAGAAGGCCCAAACGGCCAAGGGCUGGAUGGUGCCACCGGAUGCAAGGGGGGCCUCGCCACUCGGGUACAACGGCAGGUACCACGGAGGCGGUACGUCGGUGGGGGGGUACUGGCAAGCCACGGGGGCCCCAGGGGGGCGUGACGUGUACAGCAAGGGGAGGGAGGUGUACCCGGACUAUGCGAACCAUCGGGGAUAUCCUUACCAGGUGGGGCCGCCGGGAGGAGGCUACUCCCAGUCAUACGGGCCUGAGUACCCCCACCACCCCGGGCAGCCGCAGGCACGGCACGGUGGCUACGUGGCGUACAGCAACCUUAACCCGAGCCACUAUCCCGCACAGGUGGACAGGUCUCUUUCGCCCUCAAGCGGAGCCGGUGACCGCUCGCACAACUUCAGCUCGCCGCCAGGGGGCCCCGUCCCGGGCGGCAUUGGGGGUAUGGGUGGAAUGCGGGGUGACGGCAGAGACUCGAGGGGGGAGCACGGCGGAGGGGCUAGGCCGCAGGAAGGCCCUCCUGGUGCCAACCUUUUCAUCUACCACCUGCCGAACGACCUGACGGACGCCGACCUCGCGACGGCAUUCGCACCGUUUGGGCACGUGGUUAGCGCGAAGGUGUUCCUCGACAAGCGGACGCAAGAGAGCAAGGGCUUCGGGUUCGUGAGCUACAAUCACCCCGCCGAGGCGGAAGUGGCCAUCUCCAAGAUGAAUGGCUUCCAGAUCGGCUCCAAGAGGCUCAAGGUGCAGCACAAGAAGGCUGACCAUGGCGACAGGGAACACGAGUCGCCCCUUCGGUACCCCGGACACCACGGCCCCCCCCGCGACAUGCAGGGGUCGAUGCAGCAACAGCAGCAUGGCAUGGCGCCGCUGCACGGUGGGUCGGGGCGGCUUGGCAUGGGCUACGGUAGCGGUGGCGGCAGCGGUGGCGGCGGCGGUCCUCCCGACGCGUCUCCGGAGAUGCGCGGGUACCACUCUCACUCUCACUCGAGCGACAGCAGCAAGGUCAUGUACACCGGGGGCGGCGACACCCGCACCAUCUACGCCGGGCCGGUUCCCAGCUCCUCCUACGAUGGUGGGGGCGGAGGCGGCAGAGGGGGAAUGCCCGAGGAUUCCACGUCAGGCGGAGGCGGCUACCGUGUAAAUGUCAAGCCUGGCCCGGUGGGACUCGGCUCCGCCGGAAGUGGCGGCGGGGGCGACGGCGGGGGCGGCAUAGAAGGCGGCGGGGACGGCAACAGCGCAGCCCCGACUGGAGGCGGCAUGUACCACCCUGACGGCGGCGGGGGGGGUGAGGGGGGUCUCUGAGUACCACACGCAGCCUGCUAUCUAGGCGCUGUAGAGAAGGGGGGGGUGGCGCAGCCAUUGGUUUGCCCGCCAGCUCUGGUUGCUGUAUCGGGGCCGGCGCGUUCCUUUCUCCCCCACGCGGUGUACGGGCCCGUCGCGACUGGUUCCGGUGAGGUCUGUUUUUGUUUUGUUUCCCCGCUUCUUGCGUGUUUCGGAGCGGUGAUGCGGGGACGGGGCGUGUGCGGUAGGGGAGGCAAUUUGUUGGGCUCGUUUUCCCCUCUCCACAACAAGUUUUAGUACACGGUGCUCCUUUGGGCGUUCUCAGGCAGGCCGCUGGAAUCUUGGCAUUUUUCCGCUGCCGUCAGUUUUGUUGGCGAAGCUUGACCGUUACGGUGCCCCUGGUUGGAGGGGGGGUAUCACCGGGCGUGUGGUGCAGAACCGGUUUUCACUGGCGCAUGUAUCAGAGGAAAAAGAGAAGAGAGGCCUCAUUGCAGGGCGUGUGGAGAAGGAGGGGGCGGUCCACCACUGUGCAUGGGGGGACCAAGUCGGGGCGUGCCAUGCCCGAUCACUCCUUGCGCGCACUCGUUCCGAUGGUUUUUGUUGUUGCUGCGGUUGGGAUGCUCCGUGGUUUGCUGAGGCGGCCCCUGACGGAUGACGUCCUUCCUCUGGCUUAGACUUCUUUGAUGA